AUGAGAUUGUGCUCCCUUGAACUCUCGCUUAUCCAGGUGCGGCGGCGGAGCGCUAUCCGCGGGGCGCACGACGCCGCCGUCCGUAGUCCGGUGCGAGGCGCUGGAAGCGGCGCUCAUCCGUGGAGCAGGCGAGCCCGCUAUUUGCAGAACAAUGUGGGCCUGACGUGCGCACGCCGGCGGGAAAGCGCGGGAGGGAAAACGCGGAGCCGCCGCCAGUCUCGGCCGGAAAGCGCGAGCGGCCGCGCGCCGAACGCGUCACACGCAAGCGCCCUGGCGUGCGACGAGCGCCGCGCUCGCCGCGGCGUCACCUUCUCCGAAUCGACCGCGAACGGCGACACCGCCGCCACUGAGGUCCACUGUCAAAAGGUUGGUGACCCCCCGGAACGGAGCAGCCCGACCCAC